UUUGUUAAAAGCUACAUUAGAAAAAAAAAAGGAAAACACCACUUAAGUUUAAUAACAUUUGUUGCUCGCCAUAAGUCUAAAAAUAUUGUAACAAUAUUAAUUGCUGAAAAGAGAGCAUUGCUGCUGUAGUAUUAGGCCUGAAAAAGCAGAGAAUACGCAAUCGUGAACAACGAAAACAAAACACUAACAUUGAAUGUAAAGGAGAAAAUUUGACGUUUUUAUAAAAUUCCUGAUUAUAUUUUGGAUUUGCCCAGGUGAAAACGAUUAAUUUUCUGCAUUGUAUCGGCCUCGAAAAGUUAGUUGUGUACGAUAAGAUUUCGUAUUCCACGCGCACAUUUGGGAAAUUAAAUAACAAAAGGCAAAAAAUAAAAAGAAAAAGGAAAUGUUUAUGUUUUCCUUAUGUGUGACGUGUCUUGUAUGGUUUGCAUAAGCCAACAAUAAAUUAAUACAUAUACGUUGCAGUUUUAUCUUUUACGUCAAUAAUGGAAGUGAAAAAGAUGUCAUCGUCGGGUUCGUCGGCCCGUAAACAACCCACAGCUAUAUCACGUAUGAAACAGGAUUAUAUGCGUUUAAAACGUGAUCCAUUGCCUUACAUCACAGCUGAACCUCUGCCUAAUAAUAUACUUGAAUGGCAUUAUGUUGUCAAGGGCCCGGAAGACACCCCAUAUUUUGGUGGAUACUAUCAUGGUACACUGCUAUUUCCACGUGAAUUUCCAUUUAAGCCGCCUUCAAUCUAUAUGCUGACGCCAAACGGCCGUUUUAAGACGAACACGCGAUUAUGUUUAAGUAUUUCAGAUUUCCACCCGGAUACAUGGAAUCCUACUUGGUGCGUUGGCACUAUACUUACUGGCUUGCUUAGCUUUAUGUUAGAGACAACAGCAACAUUGGGUUCAAUCGAGACGACAACCUAUGAAAAACAGCAACUCGCCAAAAAAUCUUUAGCAUUUAAUUUGAAAAAUCCACAAUUUGUUGAACUAUUUCCGGAGAUAUGCGAUGAAAUUAAUAAGCGCCUGCAAAAUGAAAAGGAGCAAAAAAUGAAAACCCUUAACAUGCUGGCGAAUGGUGGUAGUAACAGUUGCAGCAAUAGCAUCAUUCCUAAUGGCACAAAUGCGAAAAUUAAUAAUAAUAACACAUUAGCAAAUGGUUGUGCGGUGGCAAACGGUGCAGUGGGUGCUUUGGGUAAUCUUAACGAUGCAAAUGUUGGACCCGUUCAAGAUUUGAAUGCCGUUAAGAAUUUAACAAAUUCAUAUUUGAAUUGGCAAUCGAAUCUGAUAAUAAUUAUAUGUUUCGCAAUUUUUGCUUUAGUAGUAAAUUAUGUUUUAAAAAAUAUAAAUCAGGAAUAGAAGACAAUUACCUUGUGUAUAUCUUAUUAGAAAAUAUUUUUAUAUUUAAUUUGUUUUUUUUUUAAUCGGUUGCUUGUUAUGCUAAUGAUUACGUUAGUCGAUCAUAAGUUUAUCUUUAUUUCAAAAAAUAGCUUAAUCUUAAUGAGAGUAUAGUCAUACGUAUAUAAUAAUUUUGCUAGAUCGGAGGUUUGAAGUUCACUGUUAGCACGUCUUCCUUUCAUACGUCUUCAGCCACCUUUCUUGACAUCCUAGGCUAUGUGUAUUUUAACUUUCGCUGGUUGCGUUAAUUUUGGCCAACGAUUUUUCCAGGCAAAAGUGAUAAAGAAAUGGGAAAAUGUCAGUGUACAUAACGAUUAAAUUCGAUGAUCCUGACCUUUCUCUCUCUACCUAAAAUAACACUUCAAAUAACAUUAUGGGGAUAUUCAGUGUCAGUUCAGGUACUAAUCAUGGAAUGCUCAAAAUUGCGUUUUCUGCAUUCAUUACUUAUGUUGCUUGAUUUAAAGAAAUUUGUUGCCGAAGCCCAUCAAAAGUUUUUAGAAACUUAUGGUGACGCUGCUCCGUUCUAUCGCAAUUGUCGAUUUUGGCCACAACGGUUUGAAAGUGGCGAUUUCGAUGUGAAUGAUAAAGAACGGCGACUGGAGAAUCGAAAACACAGUGGACAGUGGACAAUGUGAAAAUAGUGGUUUGAAAGACUUAUUGGACGAAAAUCCAGCUCAAACUUCAAAAGAACAUUCCGACAAUUUAGUAGUCAAUAAAUCCACAGUUCCUCGACGUAUACCUUGCAAUUUCGGUCAUUGAAUGGUUUUUUCAAGUGAAAAAUGGCCAAAAAUUAACAGAACCACCUAGUGCCCUCUGUUCAUGGUUAAUAAAUAAUAAACUUGUGCAGGAUAGAUUGGUAGCCCAAGUUUGCCUGGUCUAGGAUUUGGCCAUAGAAUGGUCAGCUAAGUAAGUUGAAUAUUUUUAAAAAAGAUGAUAGACCGCACGACAGAAUUGAGCAUUCAAAAUCGAUCUAGUGUUAAUAAUUACGCAUACGCCUGCAGUAAAACUAAAAUAUAUGAUCUAAAAUUAUCUGAAAAACGAACUGCAAGGAAAGGUGAACAAAUAGAUUGCAAAAAACGGCGGAAAAUAAGUUUAUUAUUUUUUAAAUUGUAAAAAGAGAAGAAGAACCCUUAAGAGAAAGCCACUAACGAAAUAUUAUGUUAACAAACGUGCUUCAAUUGAUAAUAACUUGCGAAGCGAAAUAUCUU